AUGCUUAUAAUUUCUAUAUGUGUUGCUUCAAGAAUUGAUGAAUACAGCUACUCAGAAGACGGAAAAACCCUUAUAAAAGUCACAAGUGGUCCAUCAGAUCUUAGUAUAUCAGAUAAUUGCGAAAUUAUAUCAAACAGUUGCUUUGAAAACUUGGCGACAUUACAAUCUUUUUCUUUUAAUGGUAAUCCUAACCUAAAAAUAAUUGAAAAACAAGGUUUUUCUCACUGCACCGGUCUUAAAAUUAUUAAUUUAUCAUCAUGUGCUAAACUUACAACAAUUUCUUAUCGUGCGUUUUAUCAAUGCAGUAGUGUUUCAAAGAUACUUUUACCUAAAGGACUUAAAGAAAUACAAGAAAGCGCAUUUUACAAUAAUUCUAUAGAAGAUAUUACAAUUCCUUCAUCUGUUGAAAAGAUUGGUGCAUUUGCAUUUCAAGAUUGUUCAAAACUAAAAAUAAUUACUUUUGAGGAAAGUUCGAAUUUAACUUCUUUAGAAAGAGGAGUUUUUGCGGGAAUUCAUUUAGAUAUUUUUGCAAUUCCAGAAAAUGUCCAGAAAAUAAGUGGAUAUACAUUUGGCAAUAAUAGAUUUUCAACGUUUUCAAUUCCGAGUUCCAACAAAUAUUUAAAAUUGGAAAAUAGUAUUGUUUAUUCUAAAAACCAAAGCAUUUUAUAUUUUAUUAAGAACAAAGAUAUCAAUACAUUUGAUUUCCUAAAAAAUGUCACAACUUUAGGAGAAUAUUGUUUUUAUGGAUCACUUCUUCCUUCAAUAAAAAUUCCAAGUAGCGUCAAAAAAAUUGAAGAUUAUGCUUUUUGUAACUCAAGUUAUUUAAAGACUGUUGAAUUUUCAGGUUCUUUUGAUUUCAUUGGUUCUAAUAUAUUUGAUGGUUGCGACAAUCUUCAAUAUAUUAAUUUCACUAAUUCAUCGAUGAUUGUUGACGCAGAUUCAUUCAUUUCAAGUAACAAUAAAGCAAAGAUGAAAUUUACAUGCAAAAAUUUAUUUUCUUCUAAGGCAAUUGAAAUAGGAACAAAUGUUUCAGUUUCAUAUCUGGGAAAUCAAGAUCUGUAUAUUGACAAAAAUGCACUGAUUAUGGAUUUUGCACAAACAACUAUCUAUGAAUAUUGGGGGUACAACAUCAGUGGCAUUACAAUUCCUGAAAGUAUUUCAGCCAUAAAUUCAAGAGUAUUCGAAAAUUCAACAAUUUCUUAUAUACGAUUUGCAUAUAAAUCAAAACUAUCAGAAAUUGGAGAAUAUGCAUUUAAAAACUGUUCAAACAUAAGUACAAUUAACUUCACAACCCAAAAUAAUUUUUCUAUAGAGCCAUCAACAUUUGAGAAUUGCAUUAAAUUAGAGAUAGUGUUUAAUAUUAUAAAUAUUUCAGAUCGUUGUUUUUAUGGAUGUUCUAAUCUGAAAAACAUUACAAUUCGAGAUGCUGCCACAUACAUUGGAGUUCGAUCAUUUGAGAAUUGCUGUUCAUUAGAGAGUAUUACAAUUCCAUCAGGCAUUAAAACCAUUUCAGAAUAUUCAUUUCUUAACUGCAGCGGGCUUAAAUCAAUUAGCUUCAAAAGUGGAAGAGACCUAACUAAUUUCUCAAUCAAUUCAAUAUCAGAGUGUAGUUCACUUCAAAACAUCAGUGAUUUCGAUUCACAUAAAUAUAAAUGCAUGAAUAAUACUAUUUACUACAAAAAUGGCACAAGUGGCACAGAACUUGAUCUUAUAUAUCAUUUGAGUCAUUCAAGAGAUGAAGUAUUAAUACUAAACUGUAAUGUUAUUCGUAAUUAUUCAUUUAAUCACAGCUACAAUAUUGUUAACAUCAGUAUUGUACCAAACAGUGUUUCGUUGAUUGAAUCAAAUUCAUUCAACAACUGUUCAAAUCUCAAAUACAUUAACUUCCCUUUAUCAGUUCAAACAGUUGAAGUUAAUGCAUUCUUUGAUUGCAAAUCUAUUCAAUGUCCAAUUCGCAUUAUGAACAGAACUAUCGAGUACCUUAAAAUGAUCAAUGAGUCAGGAAUUUCAUUGAAACUCAUUAACUCAUGUAAACCAACUCAAAACUUCGAUCAAGAAGUAAUUUUCUCGAAUAGAUAUAUCCGUCGUUAG